AUGACUGAAAUAAUUCCUCAAGAAAUCGCGGUGAAAUUCAACCCUCCUAAAAUUGCUAUAGUCUACAAGCGCAACAAAAAUUCAUACAUCAGAGAGUUUCAAUUUGCCUUAGAAGAUCUUCAAGAAAGCACUCAAACUUUAGUAGAAGCUUUACUAAACACUCAUCCUGAAUAUUUUGAAAGAAUCAAACCAACUCAAAUCAGUAGAUUAUUAGACACCCUGAAAAGCAAACAAUCGAAAUCAAACCAGCUUCGUUUUGGAAAAAUGGAAGGAUUUAAACCGAAAAUGAAGGAUGGACCUUCAGAUUUGCAACAUUAUAAUAAAUUUAUUGACGACAUGGACCUUUACAGCCCCAGAAAUGAUGAAGAAGGGGAAGAAGGGGAAGAAGGAGAAGAAGAUUUAGAAGAAGGAUAUUAUGAAGACCGCCACCAAUACAAUUAUGACGAAUUAGACAAAAACAUGGAAAAUCUUUCGUCUGAAGAAGACUUAUUUUAA